CGCAGUACGGAGUAAUGUACCUCGAUGACCCUGGGAGUGUGACAACCCUGGCCACCGUUUCGGCCUGGGGCCGAGAUGCUCCCAUGCAGAAACCCGCGCCAACAUGGCUGGCCUUGUCGCCUUUUUGCGUGGUUUUAUCUGCUCUGACUUCCUCAGCAGAAUGGUGGUGAGGCGAGGUGAGCUUUCUUGCUGUCCAGGUUUCUCACGCGUGCUUUUCUCUCUCUUAUUUUGGCCCCCAGGACUUGUGUACUGCGUCAAAAAGAGACAUGCACUAGAGCGCGCCCGCACUGUUCCGCCACAAAAACACAUGGCGGCGCGCGACCGCAGAGGCUUCAAAGUAGUCCCAACGGUGGACGGGGACGUGUCGACAAGUCAAAUAUAUGACAGUGAGCGCGAUGUUCCUCUUCGUGCACUUGCGCCCAUUGGGAGAAAGCCAGUGGCCGCCUCACACCAAAGCCCAGCGUCCAUCGUCAACUCGACGACGAUCGAGCAACAAGAAACCAUGCUAUAUACACCUCCGACGACAGCAGACAAACCACCACCACCACUAUUCGUGAGUAGUGGUCUCGGCCGACCAGCUCGCAAGCCCAUAGUCAACUGGGUCGAUGCCGCCGCGACCCUACUCAGCGUACUAUGUCUCAUCGCCUCCGUUGUCGUGAUCAGUCCGUCGUUUGCCUACGCGGCCGAACUGGCCUACACUCGACAAAUCAUCGCCGUCGGGUUUUUACUGGGUGUCAUGAGCCAAUGCAUGCUUCGCACGGUCCCCUUUGCGUUUCUCCUGAUCGAGGCCCAGUAUGGCCGUUCGACCCUGCAGAACCUCGACGGCCUGCUUCGUUGGACCCCUCUCGCCAACAACCUCGGCGCGAUAUGGAGGACGUGCAUCGUCAUUUUGUUGCUGCUGCCCUUGGGCCUCAGUGUGGGAUACAAGCGAUACACGGGCGGAAUAGGCGACACUCACGCGACGAUGAAAACCGUCGGUCUCGGACCCACCGCCCCCCCGGGGACACAAGGCAUCGGGUUCACGAGCACAAUGACCAAUGCGACGUUGCCGUUCGUCGGUGCGACCAUCGACAACGAGACGGUGCCGAGCUUCGGUGCCGCCCGGGGCGGCGGCGGCGGCGGCGGCCAGGUGUACGGGUACAACCUCGUCCUCUUUUCGACGACCGACGCCGCCGCCCUCGACGCCCCUUUGCCCGAAAACGUCUCGUCCAUCCAACACUCGCUCGGCCCAGGCGAAGCGGCGACCAUCUCGGCCGACGUGCGCGGCACCGCGUCCCACUACCACACGCUCGGCGACUCGGACCGGAGCAACGCCAGCUGGGCCGACGCGUGGACCUACGGCGCCUGGAAGACCAUCACGCUCUACAACGGCUACAAGUUUGGCUUCUUGGCCGUCAGCACCGCCUCGGGCGACGGCCCGGGGUGGUACAACUCGUCCUGGGUGUACAUGGGGGCGUACCCGACGGACAACGACGACGACGACGACAGGGUCACGUUCCAGCGCACCGCCUCACUGUGCACCGUGUCCCGGAAGUCGUGCCACGCGACCUGGACCGUCACGUCGUCGUCGAUUCUUCUCGCCUCCGCCACCUGCGACUCCGACUUGUGGUCGGGCUACCAGUACCUGACCAGUUCGCAGUUGGGGGUCGCCGACUCCAUGCCACCUCUGAUGGCGGAAUACCUCGCACCUUUCGCGACGACCCGCAACGCCUCGGACUGGCGGGUUCCUUCGUUCGCCCUCGCCGCCGCGUCCAUGUACCAGUCCCGCGUCGCGUCCAGCUCCGGUUCCGUCCCCGUCCAGCUGGCCGGGUCCCUGUACCAAGAUUGGCUGUUGAACGACACCACGUCCGGCACCUCUUUCGGUACCAUCAACGACACCGGGACCCCCCUGAACCUCUCGACCGGGGCCUACACCGAACGGUACAACGGUACCUUGACGCGGGUGCUGAACCGACCCGUCCUCCGGGCCGAUUGGUCUCUGUACGCCCUCCUCGCCAUCCAACCCUCCCUGACCGCCCUGGCCUUUGUGGCGGUGUGCGCUUUGCACGAAACUCCGAUCUCCAGGGGGUUUGGACUCAUUUCCGUCUUGGCGGGCGUCGAAAGGGGAGGGCUAGACGUACUCGCGGGGGCCACCUUUUCCGGAGAGACAAAAAGGUCGGUGACCAUGGAGAUUAGGGUCGUAGAAGAUGAUGAUGAUGAGGAGGAAGACGAAGACGAAGACGGAGACGGAGACGGAGAAGAACACAACAUUGGUCCGGCUUCACCGACGACCACAGCAAUGGCCACCAAAACAAAACCAAAAACAAAAGCCAAAGUCUGCUCGACGACCAACCCCACCACGAGGAGAAGAAAAUUGCAGUACCUCAUUGGCUGUGGUGGCACCACACGACGUCCGGGUUUGACGAGUACGACGAGGUCGCGUCAUCAACGUGUGGAUCGAAAGAUGAAAUACUACUGAUCUACAAUAUCCUGAUCCACCGAUCAACUGGUCAGGUACCUAGACGUCUCUAACUCGUAGCGACCCGGCCUGCGCGCACACACAACACUGCGCUGCGGCCUCAACACCUAGUUUUAGCCCUCCUUG